AUGUGGAAUGCAAGCUUAAAUCCAUUUUCUAACUGUGAACCAGCCGUAUGGAGAUACUAUGAUAAUGUAGACAACAUCAUGAUUGAAGAUGCUUUCAGAGCUGGUGAAACUCAUGCAAUCUUGGACGAGUACACAAUCGAUUUCAAACAUCAAAUACAAAUUUGCAAUAUUGAUCAAAACAAACAGCGUCCUAUUAAACGAUUAGAGUGCACCACAAAAGAUCAGACCAUGCGAGCAGAACGAUUUGCUUUCGAUCUUAUCAAUCCUAAACGUCCUUUUUCUGGUUUAUACGGAUGGAUUCCGCCGUUCAUAAAAGAAACAGUAAAAUAUUUGAAGAUCACGAAAGACCAAUUGCCUUCAAAAGAUAAAGACAUUGCUUCCAUGAUUGUGGCAAAAGCUGCUGCUGGUAUCAUUGAACAAUCUAAAUUGAUCGGAAAACAACGUCAAGGCGAAAAUUUAGCUGAAAGGUUGCUAGAAAAAAAAGACGCAGGCACAGAAGAAAUAUGGAAGCAGUGCGCUUUUCUGUAUUCUUUGGAUAGUUUUUUGUAUAGAAAAAUGAAUGAAGCUAUGCGAUUGGUUGGAGACGACGAGUACAAAGAAGAAUGGCGACAAAAAGUACGACUAUUGGGCCCAUUCUGCUUGCUUUUAUGGGACAGCCCAUUUAGCAAAACAGCAGCGCCACGAGGAAAAGUAUUUUAUAGAGGGGCUGACUUGAACGAUGAUUUGAUUUCAAUUUUCAAAGACGAUUGCGACAAAGAAGUGAAACCCCGACGUUCGUUUCAAUCGUUUACUUCUUGCAGUCGACAAAAGAAUAUAGCAAAAGUUUACGGUAAUGUCUUGUUUAUAAUGACAAUGAAGCAUGGCUUUACUGUGAAUCUUAAACCAUACUCCAAGUUUCCUGACGAAGAAGAAGAACUUAUUUUCCCAGGUGUUUGCUUUACUAUUGAUCGUAUGAAAUUCGAUGAAAACGCAAAGAAAUAUUAUAUCUACUUAAGUCUUAUGCAACAAUUCAGUCCUUUGGAAUGUGAUAAAAAUUCUAAUGAAGACGUACCAUUUAGUACGAAAGUUCAAGAAUCACCUAUUAUUGUUUUUGGCACUUCAUUAAAGAAACACAAUGAUGUUAAUAUUCGAAAUUUAUUCAAUGUUACACUUCUUGUCUCAUGCAUUUUAAAAGGUCAACCUACCCAACGCAUUAUUCAUAUUGUUCAAGCAGGUUCACUUCUUGGUCGCCGUUCUUGUCAACGAUUAAAUAUUAAUCAACGGUAUAUUGUUUUUCUUGAACCAUUUUUCGAUGGAACUUAUCGUCCAACAGAUUUUGAAGAAGUUCCUUAUAAUAAUAAAAUCAAUGGUUUACUGGAAAAAACAUGUGGCCUAUCACGAACAUAUCCAUUUACAGAAAUAAAUCAUCGUGAAGCAGCGUUAACUAAUAAAUGUCCACCAACUGUUUCUGUAUAUUGUCCAUCAGAAAUACCAAGUACAACUGUUACAUUAUUAACAACGAUAGCAACGACAACAAUAACAUCUACUGAAUCAAUUUUAACAACAACAACAACAACAACAACAACUACUACUACUACUACUACUACCACUACUACUACGUUACGAAAAGACCCACUUGAUCUUGCUAUACUAUCACUUCUUUUAGAUGACCAUCAACAAAAUAAUCUUAGUCUCAGUUUUUUUCAAGGUCAAAAUCAUAGAUCACUUUUUUCUGAUGAUGAAGCACGUCAAAAUGGAACGAAUGGAUUAUCAUAUAUUCUUAUUAUUAAUUUGAUUCAAUUGAUUUUUUUAAAUAUCCUACAUGUUAUAUUGUAG